AUGGACGGCACCUUCGUCUUUUUGGAAGGGUCGUUCCUGGACAACGUACAGCUGGACAUCGUCGGGUUUCUCGCCAUCCUUGGGGAGGGUUCCAUUCUUGCCAAUGCUCAGGUUGCAACCCUGUCGCGGAUGCAAUAUAUCCCUCGACUUCUCCCGGCUCCUCAGGCGUUGCUGCGGCCGACUCGUCCGAGCAAGCUGGAGAGUAACCCGGGGCGGGUAACCGCAGUGUAUUCGGGCAACCAUGUUGAACGAGUAGGACAUAUCGGACAUGUUGUAAUUGACGCCGAAGAUAUGCCAGAAUAUACCGUCCGCUGCGUACAGAUCCGCCGAGCCAACAAAAACCUCGUCAAAGCCCGAACCGUUGGCCCCCUUUCCGUUGUUAUCCUCUUGGGAUGUGCCGAAGCCAUCGUGCUCAUCGUCUUGGCUAUAUAUCAUCGAGACGGAUUUGGCUUUGUCUCGAUCAUGCUCCUCGCCUUUCUCUCCACCUUGAUCGGCGUCGGAAACAAGUGGGAGUUGAAACUUCCCGCUCGAAAAGACCCGUCGGAGCACACGCCACCCGGCAACGUGGUGAUUCGGUAUCCGAAAGGAAGUUUCCUGGUGGUCGAAUGCGACGAAGAUGUGGCCCGGGAACUCUACUUCGCUCCCGAGAACAUCGAAUACCUGGUCACCCAUCCAUGGAAAUAUCGAAUCAUGUCGUUGAUCGGCACGCUCAUGCUCAUGAUGGGUGUCGUGUGCCUUGCCAAUGCCGACAUCUAUCAGCAGAUCGCCUUCGGUUCGGCGUAUAUCGUCUUGAACGCCGCAUACUGGAUCGUGGCGGCCCUCCCUGCCAAAGUCCACUGGGACCUAACAUGUUUCGAAGUCAGCGACCAACGGUUUGAAAACUCCCAGAACAAUAAACAUUUCGUCGACCACAAUGAGACCUUCACCUGCGCGCUUUGGAAGGCCAUCGUGGCCACGAAGAGCAUCGAUUGGGUGCGACUUGACAAUGCCGCCCCGCAGACGACGGCGUGGGACGACUGGCUUCAUGAAGCUCAAAAGAAGGCAAAUGAUUCCCGGUACCAUUGGGACGAAAACAAGACCAAAGUCUGGGAGCUCCCAGAUUGGGACCCUCAGGCUGCCAUUCGCGACAUGAUGCAGCUACACAAGAAACCCGAGAAAGGAGAAAAUCUAGCAUGA